CACACACCCAACGUCACUGGGCUGCUGAAGGUGCUGUCUCUGUGAAGAUGUACCUGCCGUCCAAUCAGAGCACUCCAGAGGCUCUCACUGCCCAAGCGUGUCUCAUAGACUUUAACCAAGACGCCAUCUUCCUCUCUGUCUUGUACUCCAUCUUUUUUGUCUUUGGUAUACCACUCAACAUCCUGGCUCUCUACGGCCUCUACAAUUUAAUCAGGUGCGAGAACAUCCUGCCUGUCUUUGUCAUCAACCUGCUGCUUUCCAACCUGCUACAGCUCGCAACCUUGCCGCUGUGGAUAGACUACUACAGAACGGGCCAUUGCUGGAGCUUCGGGCCCAUUGGGUGCCAUGGAGUGACCCUCAUCUUCUACAUCAGCAUCUAUGUGGCCAUCUUCUUCAAGUGCCUGAUUGCGCUGGAGCGCCACCUGGCUAUUGCCUGGCCGCACAAGUUCCAAGCCGUGCAGAAGCUGAGGAGUGUGGUGUGUCUGUCUGUGGGCGUGUGGCUCACUGUGGCAGUGCCCCCGCUGGUAUCUAUAAACACCAUGUUCCACGAACUACAGAACAAACACCUCUGCAAUGAGAAGUAUCCUGCCGACAUGCACGCGAUCAUCUACCGCCUCAUCACCCUAGCCCUGACAUUCGUCCUGCCCUUCUCUUUCAUUUCGAUCCUGCACAUGCAGACCCUCAAGUGCCUGGCGGGUCUUCCUUCUUCCCGGGCCGAGGAGAAGAGACGCAUACGUGCUUUCUUAAGCUUCCUGGUAAUCAUCUUCGUGGUUGUGCUGGGGCCGUACCACCUCAUCGGCUCCAUCAAGUACAUCGGGCUGGUGUUCAAUCCCGGGAACUGCGAGUGGGAGAAGUCCGUGUUCCUGCCGUAUCAAGUGGGCCGAGCUUUGUUGAGCCUGAACACCUUGCUGGACCCGAUCAUGUACAUCUUCCUACGCAAUGACUUCAGGGAGCUGGCGCAGACCCAUCUGUCCUGUCUCAGAAGAUCCUAGUCGGGAACUUUAUGAAAAGUCCUCUAAGAGGAGGACCAGGAACUGCACCCAAGAACGCAGUGCCUCUCUUUAUGGAGCUGCCCCUAUGAUGCUGCUGAUUUUCCUCUGAUAAUCUUGGCCACUCUGGUAUAUUGCAUUUGAAUGUUGGAAGCCAUGUUAGAUACCUGGAUGUUGUGUGCUGAGGCGUUACCUUCUGGGUACAGGCUGGACUUUAUGGACUCAGGAAUGGGGAUGAGGCAGGAAGCGGCUGGACAGUCACCAUGCAACAAAGAGUCAAACAGGAAGUGAGGGCAACUGCAUCAUCGGAUCAAGCAUGGGAAGGAAAUUAACAGUAAGAAGAAGGUUCCAGCAUUAUGGACUUCAUUAAUUUGAUCAUUAUCUGCCUGCGUUUGUUAUCAUGCAUCACAGCAGCAGCACACCUGCUAUAGCCUAGCGGCAAAUUCACACACAUUCAUCAUCGUACUUCCUUGGUUUUUGCAUAACAGUAUGCCUAAUAAAUUUAAUUCAGAGUUCUGAGUUCUGUCACCAGUGCUCUUUACCUGAGUCCCCAAGACCUUUUCCUUAGACCUGUAUUAUGAGGUAAAAAUCUACAACAAUGACUCAAAUUUCUCCAGUUUUUUAUUUGAGAAUUUCAGUUUUUAUAUCACAGAUACGCGUAGAAAUUAAAUUAUGCAGCUAUUUGGAAAAAUAUCACUUUAUAUCUCUCACAAGAAUCUCCAAAUAUGUGUAUGUAACAUUAAAAUGCAUUUUAAAUACAGCAUCUAAGCCACUGCUUCUGCUGACCUUCACCGAUCAUGUAUUGGUAUAAAAUUGCAGUUAUUUGUCACCCAACUUAUUGAUGUUCUAUUAAAAACCUCUCUUUAACAAUUCAAUGGGGAUUUUCAAGAGGAAAAAGAUGCCUGAUGGGUUAAAAAUGAGGCAGCAGGUAUUCCUUCCAAAAUAACAGAAGAGAGCCCUAAGCAGGACUCACCCGUUCACAAGCAGUCCUGUAGCGGGACCAGCUAGAGCAGGACCGCUGUCUGCCAAACGGCCUACGAGCGGUGAGGAGCUCCACGGCCGAUUUCCCUGCGCAGGAGCUGCCGCAGAUGUCGACCAGCAUAGGGAGGGGGGCCCCUAACAUUCAGCAGCCCGCUGCGGCUGUCCUGGACAUUCACAGUACGUGGCUGUGACAGGCCACGCCCAUUUGACAAGACCACUCCUGAGGAGGUGUCGACUUACAAGCCAAUUUUACUUUGUUUCAGACAGGGGGCGCCAGCGAUGACGAUCGUCUAUGGUGCUAUGUGGGCUUAUACUGAUAAAUAAACCCAGUCAUCAAAGGUGAAUGAGAAAAAGGUUUUGAGUGAUAAGUGAAAUGAUCUAUACCUAUGGUUGACCUACUAACAGCUUAAGCUGCAAAAUAAACACAUGAAUGGAGACUAAUUAUCAGAAACAGCCAUGCCUAGGUUAACAAAGAAAAUCAAUGUUAUAAAUCAUAAUGUAACCGCCUAUUGUGAGAGAUUCGCACAUCACAAUUGAUACUCCUUUCAUGACUGAUUGAUGUAUGCUCUUGAUUUUAUGACUGGCGAUGAAAUUAAAUAUCUGUUCAUAUCUUCAAAA